AAUUCGAUUAAUAUUUUAAGUCUUUAGUGGAAAUUUAUUUAAAUAAAUGGAAAAAAAGGCCAUGUCCAUUUAAAUGAUCGUCGGGAAUUCGUCCCCUAAUUUUACAUUUAACCUCAAUCCAUUAAAGUGGACACUAGGACUUGCUUUAAAUUGUUAACUUCAAACUAGCCAAAUAAAUAAUUUUAAGAAACAUUUUAAAUUUAUGACAUUAUUUUUAGCUAUUUUUGGAAAUGACCCUUAUUUGCGACCCGGUAAAGAUGACGAUAGGCUACUUCAAUUAUUGAAUGCUGACGAUUCUGAGUUUGAAGGAGACUCAGAUGACGAUGAAGAUGGGAUAAUAAAUGCAGAAACAAUUGGUGAAACAAUAAUUGAAGAAGAAGAUUUGGAAGAAACCUUAGAAACUAUGGAUAUUAUAGAAGAUCAAAUAGAUGAAAAUCAAGAUGAUUAUGAUGGUGACUCAGACCCAGAAUUUGAUAUUCCACUUAGCAUUUUAAAGGAAAAAAUGUCAGCAAAAGCUAAAAGAAUGACUUGGAGAAAAUCUGACAGUUUCAAGGGAGUAGAAGUAGUCAAAGAUGGUUUUGAAGAAAGUCACUUUCAAAGAGCAGGUUGGAAAAUUAUGGAUUAUGUGUCAGUAUUUAUUGACGAUAAAUUAUUUGAGACAAUGCGUGAUUGCACAAAUAUAAAUUUUUUUUUAGAAAAUGAUAAAAUUAUGAAUUUAUCGACCGAUGAAGUAAAAAAAAUUAUUGGAAUAUCGGUUUUAAUGUCUUGUUUAAAAUAUCCUAGGGUGAAGAUGUUUUGGGCCAAAACAACUAGAGUUGAUUCAAUUGCGAAGCACAUGACGCGGGAUAGAUUUUUUUCAAUAAGAAGUCACUUAAAAGUAGUCAUUGACAAUGAUGUAUUAGCUAAUGAUAGACAAAAGGACAGGUUAUGGAAAGUAAGACCAAUUACCGAGAGAGUCAGACAAGGAUGUUUAAAACUAGAGAGGCAAGAAAAUGUUGCAGUGGAUGAACAAAUACCAUUUACUGGCACCUGUGGUCUAAAGCAAUUCGUAAGAGGCAAACCCAAUCCAGAAGGACUAAAAAAUUUUGUAUGUGCUAUACCAGAAGGACUUGUGCUUGACUUUGAAAUCUAUCAAGGUAAACAAACUUUUUUGGACGAAAAUUGAAAAAAAUUGGGUGUUGGAGCUUCAGCAGUGAUGC